CCCUCGGAUCACAAACCCUCUCUCUCUCUCUCUCUCUCUCUCUCUCUCUCUAUAAAUGCCCAGUUUAGGUCACCCUCCCCUCUUCACUGCCCCAAAAGCAAGCUAGCUAGCCCCCCUUGAAGUGAUAUACAGCUGUAUAAUCUGCACACACUCAGAAUAUAUAUACCUGCGCGCAGGAGGUAUCAGCACUUCAGCAUUUUAGCAAGCAUUAAGGUAGCUAAGGCGAGACCAGAGCCGGCCAGAAAUAAUGAAGCUCUUGCUUGCGACUAUGUUGCUUUGCUCCAUCCUGCUCAGCUCCUCUUUCUUGGAACCCACCAUGGCCGCUGCAGCUGAAGCUGUGGUUUCCCCAUUUUGCGGGAAGAAGUGCGGAGACAGGUGCGUGAACGCAGGGUACAAGGAUCGAUGCCUCAAGUACUGCGGGAUAUGCUGCGAGAAAUGCAAGUGCGUUCCCUCCGGCACCUACGGGAAUAAGCACGAGUGCCCUUGUUACAGAGACCUCAAGAACUCCAAGGGCAACCCCAAAUGCCCUUAGUUGUAUUAGUUCUCUAUUUCAUUAUUAAUAUUGUAUUAUCUGAGAGAGAGAGAGAGAGAGAGAGAGAGAGAGCGCUGGAGGGAGGGCAUAUAAUAACAGGCUAGGGAGAUGUUUACGUAGAUGAUGGAUCUGCAGAAUAAAGGGGUUAGAUUUGUUGUAGUGUUGAUUAGAUAUGUGUGUUUGAAUAUUUUGAAGUAGGACUGGUAGUGAUCGAUCGAUCAUUGUUCGUGGUCUUAAUUUAUUAUGUAAGUUUAUUUAUAUUUUUUCAUGUUCAA